CUCCCUCUCCAGGCUGGCGAACCUGCCAGAGGCCAUGCCCAGGGACCUUCAGCAGAGCCCCGCAGAGGAAGGGAGGAGCAUCACUGACUCUCUCAUCGCCCAGAGAAACCUGUCCUGCCCUGCAGAAAAAGAGACCCCAGAGAGCAUAUCCAAGGCCUUGGCGUCUCUGCUCACCAUCCGCUUGGACAGGGAGAACAUUUGCGCUAUCAGCAACCUGCAGGGUCUGAGAGAGGUCCGCAGUCUCUACCUGCAAGAGAACCAAAUUGAGACCAUUGAGAAUCUCAGCUGCCUUCCCAACCUCCGGUUUCUCUCACUGGCUGGAAACCGCGUCCGGGUAGUGGAGAACCUCCGGGACCUGCGGCAACUGCAGUUCCUGGACCUGUCGCAGAACCGGAUCGAGACACUGGACCCUGAUGAGCUGCCCUGGACCCUCCGCAUCCUGAACUUAUCGGGAAACAGGUGCACCCACCAAAAUGGCUACAGAGCGUUGGUGCUCGGGGCCUUGCCCCAUCUCAUGAAGUUGGACACCCAGCUUAUCCCCAGCUGGAGGGACCCUGACCCAGGGGAGGAGGAGGAGGAAGAGGAAGGAGCUUCUGAUGACAGUGACUCUGAGGAAGAUGAUGAUGUCCCUGAGCUGACUGGUCCUUUCUGUGCAGACAAAGAGUUCUUUGCGGGUCUCCGCCAGGAGCUGGCUGGUCGCUCACAGAGGAGGCGGCAGGAGGCACUGAGCGAACACCAGGCCCGGCUGGAGGAGCUCACAGAGCGACAGAGACUGAUGCAGCCGCCAGGAGAUCUGUGCCCAGGAAGCCGGGAGGGCCGCCUGGCACCUAGCCCAGUGGAGGAGGGAGCUGCAGGAGGGAGAUCGCCAGCCCCUGGGCUGCUUGAGCCGCACCCCAACCCCAAGUCAGGAUCUCGGCUGCUUUCUCUACCGAAGGCAGGAGGCUCUGCGAGGUCUGGCACCCCACGCACUGGCGGGCAGAGCAAGCGCGGGAGCAGGGCCCGCCUCCAGCCCCCGAAAAGGGAGGCUUCCACCACAGUUAAAACUGCAGCCAGGGCAGCAAAGAAGUGA